UAAUCAAAUCCAUCUGCAGUCGUAUAAUUUUCCCUUAAAAAUACCCAAUGCUGAUUCGUCAACUCAACUGAAUGCAAAACUCCAUCACGGUCAUCAGAUGCAGGGCUCUGGCCCCGUCUCCAGCAGCUGAAGCACACCAAUCUCGUCCUGUCUGCUGUCCUCGUCGUCGCUGAGCCAUGACCACCCAGAGUGAAAAUGAUUUGGUGCACCUCCGCCUUAUCCUGGUCAGUGGCAAAACGCAGGACUUCACUUUCUCCCCGAACGACUCGGCCACAGACAUCGCCAAGCACGUGUUUGAAAACUGGCCGGCAGGGUGGGAGGAAGAGCAGGUGAGCAGUCCCAGUAUUCUGCGCCUCAUCUUUCAGGGGCGUUUCCUUCAUGGCAAUGUGACCCUGGGAGCUCUGAAACUGCCACCGGGCCGAACCACCGUCAUGCACUUGGUCGCCAGAGAGACUCUUCCAGAGCCAAACUCUCAUGGUCAGCGGAACAGAGAGAAAACCACAGAGAGCAACUGCUGCCUCCUCUUGUAAAACAACAUAAAGGACCCCCCCCACACACACACACACACACCUCCCUCCCCCUACUAUACUAACAUCACAUAAACAAAGCAUUACACACACCUCUAAAGCUCCCUGCUCUCCUGUCGGUUGUCCGGUCAUCUGUGGAUCUGGAAUAAACGACAGGAAGUCUGUUUGGACCCGUCGCACGCUUCCGUUAAACUUCUGUUCAAACUGAGGCUUUUUUGUGCCAAUUUAUUUACUCCCUGACCCCCAAUUUUUACUCUGUCAGCAUUAACUUUUGUUUUUUUUUUUAAUUUAAAUUUUAUUUUUUGAAGAUCUUAUACCUACGCUCUGUUGCAGAUCUAUUUGCUGUUUGGAGACGUUUUUAAAAAGCUGGCAUAUUUGGUGUCAAAGACACAGGAACUCUUCAUGGACACUGAAGUGCUAUAAAGGAUUUGUGGGCUUUAACCCAUCCCUACUAGUCACGUAGACAUUUCCCCUGGUCUCACUGCACUUAACCAGUUUUAACGAUGAAGUGUUUGAGUUUGAUCUCCUCCUUCAUGGUCCCCUUUUCGUUAUGAACAGUAAAAAUGCCUCGCUGAUGCGCUCUGUUUGGGUUAGCACUGGUAGCUUCUGUCACAUCUGUGUUUGUCAAUGGACCAACGAAAGGAAGAAUAAAAAAAAGACUUAAUAAGGUCCUCUUUCAGUUUGGGUCCAGAUAAAAAUGGAACCGACUGAGACUUAUAAAGAUAUCGGAGGAUUUGGCGUCCAUCGGGAGUUUGUUUGGACUUUUUCUGCACGUUUUGAUGUUUCCUUGUAAAGGGAGCCGAGAUCGCAAGUGAGGAAGGUGAAGACUGAAGAAUCGUCAGGGUGGAUGAUAUUAGACCCCCCUCCCCCCACCCUCCCACAAACCUCUGGAUUAUAAUAACAAUGAGGCAAAGAUUUAUUUUAUUUGUCCCCCCGUUGGAUUAAGAGCGGGGGAAGAAAGCUGGGUGGUGGUUUACCUCCUCAUCAUUCGGUUGCUGUCGUUACUUCUUGUUUGCCUUUUUAUCGUGGAAUUCAUCAAUAUCACAAAUAAUGGAAUUUUAAAUAUAUCGAUUUUUAUCUUGUGUAUAGGUAUUUGUUGAACUUUAGUGAGGGUGAGUGUGUGACAGACUGUAUGAGGGCAUGUGACGUGUUUAUAUUUUGUUUCUGCUUUUUUUUUUUUUAAAAAAAGGUGGUGCACUGUGAGCAUCGACAGGCUGAGGCUUCUUCAGAUCUAGAUGGAGACCCUUUGAUUCCUUCCAUUGAGUGUUUUUAAUUUUUGGUUUGUGUUUGUGUCAUUCAGUGUCACUGCUAUGAAGUUUAGCUCAGUAUGAAUAAAUGUAAAAACUAAAAAAUGCAAUGUGGUCUACAUAAAAGCUUGUAUUAUAAAUUAAUAAAUCUUUACAUAAGGAA